UCUUCUUGUUGAGUCACGGAGGUUUUGGUACAGUUACUCUGUGAAAUACAUGCAUAAGUUAUCUGAGUGGAAGACAAUAUUGUAUGAUAAGAAACAUGCAUGGAUUAAUGAAGGACAAUUCACACUGUUUCAAAACAAUGAGGGAAAACUUGUGAUCUACAUCAGAGAUUUAAAUCACCAAGAUGCUGGAAGAUACGAAAUUGGGGUUGAAGGCCAGUGGUACAUCAAUAUGGCUUUAAAUGUGAAAGAAGAUUCAUGUUGUAAAGUGUCAAAGAGAGAGAUGGUGAAUAUUGGAGAAACUGCAACAUUCAGCUGUGAAUAUUCACAGAAUCAUAUUAAUGAUUCCAAGAUCAUAUUCAAAGAAGGAAAAGAUUCUAUUGAGAUGAUCUACAGCAUAUGGAAUAGGAAAGAAAGAUUCAGUAUUUCUGAUGAGAAACAGAAAAAUAUCUUCAGUGUGAGAAUUACCGCUGUGACACCAGAUGAUGGAGGAGUUUAUUUAUGUGGAGUUUGGAUCAAUGGACACUCAUACAGUUACUCCAUCAUUAGUACUGUUCAUUUGGACAUAAUGAAUAAAGCAUCUAAAGUAAUUGGGUACUCAGGAGGUCGUAUGAUGAUCAAGUGUGAACAUCCUCAAUAUAAAACCAAGCCAAAAUAUAUCUGUAAAGAAUCAGAUGGAUGUUCAGAGAGGAAGAAUCCAGGAGUUCAGGAUGAAUGGAUGGAGAAUGGAGAUGUUUCUUUAUAUGACGACACCAGAGCAGGAGUCUUGAUGGUGUUUUUUAGAGAGCUGAAAGCUGCAGAUGCAGGAACAUACAGGUGUGGAGUGAAUGUGUCUCACUAUACUGAGAGCUUCACUGAACUUCAGCUGAACAUCACAGAUGGUGCAAUUUUUGUGACACAAUCUGCUCAUCUUGGUGGAGAAGUCAACAUCAUCUGUCAGAUCCCAGAGCAACAUAAAAUUCAUUUCUGCAGAGAGGAUGAUAAUCACAUCUGUCAAAACAUCAGCACAUCUACAGUGACAGAAAUGAAUGGUUCAUCUGAGAGAAAUGAAGAGAGAGUUUUUACAGUGAGCAUCAGUAAUGUGAGCGUGAGAGAUGCUGGAGUUUACUGGUGUGGAGCAGAAACCAGAGACACACAUUUGACUUUCAUCUCCCUGACCACCAAAAUUCAGCUCAACAUCAUCAGUGAGUGAAUUCAGA